UUAUCAAUUUUGAUCGGAUUUCCGCGCAGAGUAAGCUCUGCUCGGUGCUCCAGCUGAGGCUGCAGUGUGAUGAUGGAGGUGGGGAAGGACAGAGUGGUGGCUCUGGUGGACAUGGACUGCUUUUACGUGCAGGUCGAGCAGAAGUUUAAUCCCCAGCUAAAGAACAAACCCUGCGUCGUGGCUCAGUACAAAACAUGGAAAGGAGGAGGUAUUAUAGCUGUCAGUUAUGAGGCCCGAGCCCAUGGUGUGACCAGAAACAUGUGGGCAGAUGAUGCCAAGAAACUGUGUCCAGAUCUUCAAGUGGCCAGAGUCCGAGAGUCACACGGCAAAGCUGAUCUAACCUGUUACAGAGAGGCCAGUGUGGAAGUUAUUGAGGUCAUGUCCCGAUUUGCAGUCAUUGAGAGAGCUAGCAUCGACGAAGCCUACAUGGACCUCACCAGCAGCGUCCAGAAGAGACUGAGGGAUCUAGAGCUAUCACGGAUUGACCCUAAACUUCUGAGGAACACUUAUGUCCAAGGCUUCCCCGUUCCUGGCUCAGAGGAAGAUGCGCCGGUGGAUAAAGAGGAGCGGAGGUCAAACGGUCUGCAGCAGUGGCUCGACACAUUGCCUGCCUGUUUUGAACCGGGCUGUGUGGGCUACCCCGAGGUGUGUUUGGCCGUUGGAGCGAUCAUUGUUGAGGAAAUGAGGGCCGCCGUGGAGGAGCACACUGGGUUCCGCUGCUCUGCAGGGAUUUCUCAUAACAAGGUAUUGGCCAAGCUAGCCUGCGGUCUCAACAAACCAAAUCGGCAAACUGUGCUUCCUCUCGGAUCAGUGUCUGAACUCUUCAUGACUUUGCCCAUCAGUAAAAUUCGCAAUCUAGGAGGGAAACUGGGUGUCUCAAUCACAGAGACCCUGGGGGUGGAGAAGAUGGGUGAGCUGACUCAGUUUACAAGGGCGCAGCUGGAGGAACACUAUGGAGAAAAGACUGGGCAGUGGCUGUAUGACUUGUGCAGAGGCAUCGAGUUCGAGCCAGUGAAACCCAGGCAGCUUCCCAAAUCCAUCGGCUGUAGCAAAAACUUUCAAGGAAAGUCGGCUCUGGCUACAAAAACACAGGUUCAGCACUGGCUGCACCAGCUGGCCCUUGAGCUGGAGGAGAGACUUAAUAAGGACAAAGAAAUGAAUGGCCGAGUCGCUAAGCAGCUGACUGUGGCCGUUCGCCAGGCCGGAGAUAAAAAGCCCAACAGUUUUUCUCGCUGCUUUGCUCUCGCACGCUAUGAAGCCUCAAAGAUUUCCUCUGACAGCUUUGCCAUCAUUAAGAGCCUCAACGCUGCUGGCAGCCACCAGGAAGCCUGGUCUCCUCCCCUCACCUGUCUCCAUUUAUCCGCCAGUAAGUUCAGUGAGAAUUCAUCAGGAGAAAUCACUAGUUUCCUCAGCAGUGGCAUAGCAUCAACCCAGUCACAUCUAAAACCAAAAGAAGCUGCUUCGAAAACAGAAACAAGCCCCAAGAAACCGGGCGGUAUUCAAGCCCUCUUCCAAAAAGCUGCUGAAAAGAAAAAGAGAGAAGCAGACGAAAGCGCCGUAGAAAAGGAUGUCUUCGCCUUGUCUUCCUGUGGGAACAUUCCACAUGGUACACCUCAGAAAGCACCAGCACUUUCAAAUGCGUCACUUUCCUCUUUUUUCCAAAAAAAGACAUUGGAUAAAACCUUUCAUAGCGAGAACCUUGUGAAUGAAAGUACAGAGGACAAAUCUCAGACCAAACACACUCUACAGGGUUCUCCGUGCACUUUAUCUGGUGUCGAGGAGCAGACGUGCGCAGACAUCCUCACGCAGAAUGUCGACUUUACCGACAGCAAAGAGGACUUUCACACCUGCGAACGCUGCGGACAGGAAGUGUUGAUGUGGGAAGUACCAGAACACGCUGACUACCACUAUGCUCUUGACCUGCAGAAGUCCCUAUCAUCAUCAUCACCACCACCACCACUUUCUGCCCCAGUCAUGGCUGAAACAAUGUCCUCAUCAUCACGUGGAAAGAGCAGAGCCAAAUCCCAGGCAGGACCUCAGGCAAAGAGAGCACGACCCAUAGACAACACCACCACUCUGCAUUCUUUCUUCAAGAAAGCUUAAUAUUUUUUUAAAAUAACAUAUUGUUUCACCAUGUUACAUUAUUGUUUAAUGAUCUUGGUAUUUCCUUUCAUAAGGUCAUUAUGUCAAAAAAAAAAAAAAAACAUGCAUAAAAAAUCUACACAUACCAAAUCAUGUUUUUGUCCAGCUUGCAAAUAUAAGUAUUAUACUGUAUAAAAAUAGUACAAAAAUAUGUAGAAAACUUAAUAAUUUGAAUAAGUCUGCUUUCAGAUUUAUUCGUUGUUACUUUAAUUUGUAAUAAAUAUUGUUUUAUCAUGUU